AUGCUUGCAUUUAGCCCCAAAGCCUUGGCCGCGGCAGCCAUUAGCAUGAAUCUGUCAUCUGCUGUUUUGGCAUGCCUGCAAGUCAAUGGGCAGCUGUGGACAGGCGGUGGCUAUAUUGCAACAUACGAUAACGGCGUUCAGACAUGCUAUGGCCACAUCGCAUCUGGAGACAACGAUCUUCGCAUGUUUCUCAGCGGAGAGGACAGUCCCCUAUUCUUUACCAUGACCGGUCGCCAGCGUUUUAACUGCAUAUCUGCGAAGAGCGAACGUAAAAUGGGCACAAAAGAGUACCAACAAUUACUGUCUGAUCUGCAGGGAAAGGUGCUUCCAGAGAACCAUCCCCUUACUGUUCAAGUGAAUCGUGUUCUUCACCGACUAAUUCCGAACGCACCUCUCGAAGGCGCCGACUGGAAGGUCCAUGUUAUUAAUGAGCCUAACGAGGUGAAUGCUUUUGUGCUUCCCGGGGGUAAAGUUUUCGUCUUUACUGGUAUACUACCCGUCUGUCAAGAUGACAACGGAUUGGCAGCCGUCCUUGGACACGAAAUUGCCCAUGUUGUGGCGCAUCAUCCGGCUGAGCGUAUGAGCCAUAAUGCUAUCUCGAUGGUGCUAGCGUUGGUUACCGCUCUCAUCCUUGAUAUAUCUGGACAGCUUUCUUCGAUGCUCUUAAGCCUUGCGUAUGGCUUGCCGAACUCCCGGAUCCAAGAAGCCGAAGCAGAUGAGAUGGGACUAAUGAUAAUGUCGAAGUCUUGCUUCAACCCAGAAGGUGCCGUUAAUUUAAAUAUCCCCGCCUCAGUUCAUGUCAACUCAUCCUUCGGUAAGAUUUGUUUUGCGCUACAGAACCUCUCAUAUAAUGUAUUGACGAGGGAUAAAAGCAUUACAACCGUAUGGAAGCUCUUCGUGCAGGUUCCAGCAUUCGAGAAAGCGUUCGGUAACUAUAGGUGGUAA